AACCGUCAUUUGUUUUUUCUCCGAAAUGGUUGUGCGAGACGAUUGCGGAAAGAGAUUCCUAAAUUCUAUUGUUUGAGUCUAAGGAACUUCAAAUGAAUAAAUGGCGUUCAUUAAUUAGUUGACGGACUCAAACGAUUAUGAUCGGCCGACACUUGUGCCCUUGUUCUUCCGACGCUCUUCAGUUUUUGCUGGUAACAUAGAAGAAGAAGAAGAAGGAGAAGGAGAAGAAGAAGGGAGCAUCUGGAGAACUACGUAGAGACCUCCCAGCUUAGUGUGUAAUCGUUCUGCGCACAAAAAUGGCCACCGGUGCCGCUGUAACUUUGUGAUGGUGGUCGUGGGCCCGGCCGAGGUGACUCGCCAGGUGGUGUCGAGUCAGAUUCAGGGCAGCAUCAUGACCCAGGAGAGGCGGAGGAGGCCUCGAGUCCUCUCCUGCUGCAACUGCCUCAACAAGAGUCCUGCCGGUCCUCUGAGCCCCGUGGAGGAGAGCAUGCCCGAAAACCCUGACACUGGUUCGACCAAUACGACGUCACCUGCACACUCUGGAACGCCCUUCCUCCUUCUGUGUUCCCUGAGUCUGUCGACCUUUCUACUUAUAAGAGAUGGCCUGACACCCAACGUGCGUGCCCUGGUGGGGUCACCUAAAAGAUUGCCACGACCCAGAGUCAAGAGACCCAGCAGGGAAGAUGCGCCCAGUCCUCAGGUGCGUGCACUAGUUGGUUCCCCUAAAUGGUUCUGGAAACCAAGAUUCAAGAGGAGUUACAGAGAACCUGAAGGCGUGGGCAGCAGUCAGGAAAAUUGA